AUGAAGCAGUUGAACCUGGUGAGAGAAGUGCAACUAUGGGCCUCGAAGAUCAACGUUGCGUCGAUAUGGCCCAUCCAAGCCAACACGGACGAAUCGAGGAGCUAUGCGUCUGAGAUCGACCAAAUAGAGACACCACCUAGCCCCAAGAUUCAAGACACAACCACGAUGCGCAGCCCUUGGGAGGGACCACAAAAUGCAAACGAGACAGAGACUGCCACUCUAAAGCACCGCCGCUGUCCUCGGUCCACCCAAUCCAACCGUCGAGAGUCAACCAAGUCGAUCAAACUGGAGGAAACCACCAUUUUGCUUCCUGCGUACAGAGUCGUAUCGAAGGCUGACCAUACACUCCCGCAGCAAGCGAGCAUGGUGCAGAUCAAAGAGCUCGUAGCGACCGCCGCCACAAGAUUAAUAUCUCGGUGGCAAACCCACACAUAUGACCCGCGUGUUAUUCGGUGCUCGUAUCCCAGGAAAGAGAGCCAUCAUGAAAUUAGCCAGUAUCUGGGCGGGAAUGGAACAGAAAGCACCGCACCGUCGAGUCAACCGGACCACACCGGACAUCCACAGUCCACCACAACUUUCAACACCGGUUACAUAGCUCAUCGCGUUCAUACUCGCCAGCCGCCAGUGCUAUCGCCCAGGAGCCAGACGCCUGGCUUAACCGAUGACCAGCCUCCUGGAUUCAGGAAUCAAGACCGACCCAACUUGAGGUGUAUUCUUACCCAACCUGCCAGACGAGUCCGCGAUUUGCCUAGUUAA